CCGCCCCCUCCUCUCUCUUUCGCUGAAGUACGGCGGCGGAUUAAGGUGCUCGGUCCUUCUUGUGAAGCUAAGGCCUGGUGAUAUUCCGGCGACUAGCACCCCACUCCUCUGCCACCCGCGACUCUACGAGCACCCAACACACGCAGCCAUGGCCUCCGUCUCCGAACUCGCCUGUAUCUAUUCCGCCCUCAUCCUCUACGAUGACGAUAUCACCAUCACGGAAGACAAGAUCAUCGCUCUGAUCAAAGCAGCAGGAGUCAAUGUGGAGCCUUUCUGGCCCAGCCUUUUCUCCAAGGCACUCUCCAAUGUUAGCAUUGGUGGUCUGAUCAGCAACGUGGGAGCCGGUGGUGGAGCCCCUGCUGCUGGCGCUGCCCCUGCUGCUCCUGCAGCUGGCGGAGCUGCUCCAGCUGAAGAGAAGAAAAAGGAGGAAGUGAAGGACGAGUCUGAGGAGUCGGAUGAUGACAUGGGCUUCGGUCUCUUUGACUAGAAAUUUUGUUAAAGGACUUGUAAUAAAGAACUGUCUUCAAGUAAAA